AAGCUUCCGUGCUAAUUAGUUAUCUCAUUGCGUAUAGAAGACGUGAGCUGAAGCGCUACCGGCUGAGCUCUGCCUCUGACCCUCGGUGGGGUUUGGUGUGCUGGGGCCUUUGAUUACGCGCGCCUUUACUCCUUGGCCUCAAGUGCCUAGGGUUACGCUAAUGCCAAACACCCCAGAACCAACCCUAGAAGCAGCUCCACCCAAGAGUGGCACGGAGUCUACAAAAUAGAUGCGCAGCUCGUUAAAUUGAAAGGUGAGGAGCGAGCUUAAGACCUUGGUUGGGUCGCGCUGUCUUGGAGAGGAGAAAGGUGCAACUUGAUGAGCUGGGGAGGCAGGGGGGAGGGUAAGGGGGGGGAGGAAAAAGUAGGAUAUCCAGCCUCGCCCUGUCUGUGGACGCCGGCCUGGAGAUCCACACUACCAUCCUUGUUAAUAAAGGCAAAGUGGGAGAAACAGAAAGAAGACGUGGGUGCUUCUAUAUGUAAAAGAAGUCCUCUGUAAGGGGAAGAACUGAAAGGAGCGGAUCAGGGAGCUUCUGUGUUUGGGGUGGGGGUGAGGGAGAGAAACAAGGCAGUCGCUGAAUUCCACCCCGCCCUUCAUCCAGCAGUUGAGAAACCACGGGAUAGGGACCGGGAGGGUGCUGAGGAGGAGGUGUAUAACACAUACGUAGAUGAGACACAUCAGGGCGACUGUGCAUCUGUCUGGCUGAAGGAUCCUCCUCCUCCUCCUCAACAUGGUACUACGUGUUAAAAAGCCAACACGGAGCAAAUAGUAAAUAGAUAUGCUUGAAGCCACAGAGGAAAGGAGACGAACGGAACCGAACCAAACAGAAGAGAAAUUGAAGGAAAGCGAGGACUAACCUAACCUCGUGUCUUCCAAAUAGAUUCCCCAACCGGGCUUAUUCCAAAGAGGGGCUGUGAUUAAACCCCUUCUCAGCCACCCACCCUCAACCCAGUGACAGACAGAAGCUCGCCUGAGAGGGAAUAAGCAAUAGAUCACUGUCUUUGAACUGCGGCUGCCGUUAGCGAGGGAUUUAAUUUUCUUGCUUUUACAUUUUUCUUCCAGUUUUUUUUUUUUUUUAAGGUGUCUGCUAUUUCCCGAUUCCUGUUCUGUACUAUUCCGUCUUCAAUUUCGCAGAUUGUGGAUUUUUAUCUCAUUCUUCUCCCUUUUUCCUCCAAGGAAAGAAAAGGAUUAAAAGUUACAAGUAUUGUUAUCGUUGGGUUUGAAGAUUAUUCUCCCUCUAUUCCGCUUGGUGUGAUUUAAAAUUACUAAAUAUUAUGUGUACCAACAUAGUUUACGAAUGGCUGAAAGCCCUGCAGCUCCCACAGUACGCGGAGUCCUUCGUGGAUAAUGGCUAUGAUGACCUGGAGGUGUGCAAACAGAUCGGAGACCCUGACCUGGACGCCAUCGGGGUCUUGGCGCCCCAGCACCGGCGCCGGAUCCACGACGCCGUAAGGAGGCUGCGGGAGCAAGACGCAAAUGCCGCUGGCCUCUACUUCACCCUCGAGCCGCAGCAGCUGCAGCCCCAGCAGCAGCCUGGUUCCCCUUCCCCAGAAAUCUACACCAGCCACCUGGUGGAGCAGUAUGAGGGUCAGGCUUGGAGGGAGACUCAGCCUGGCCAGACCCAAGGAUCCAGGGGGGUUUCCAGGAACCAGAAAGCAGGGUCCCGCAGCAAGGAACUGGUGACUUACCCCAAACUCAAACUGAAAAUCAUGAUCAGGGAUAAACUCGUCCGGGAUGGAAUAAACUUAAGCAAGCCCCCGUACUCCAAUAAGGUCCCAAUGGCUGGCAUCCUAGAGUACUUAAUGAAUUGGCCGAAGUCAUCACAGAACCGCUAGAUAUCAUUUUUGCGAACUCGUGGAGGACUGGUGAGGUGCCUGAAGACUGGAAAAGGGCACAGAUAGUGCCUUUCUUUCAAAAAGGGAAAAUGGAUGAUGACCUGGAAAAAUACUCAUCAGCCAAACUUUUAUGCUUGGAAAUAUUCUGGACUAAUCAACUUUGUAUAACUGGGUGCUAAUUUCUAAAAAGCAAGAAACAAAAAGGCAAUAAAACUCCAAUACUUAUUUGAAAAUGUUUUGCCACCCAGUUCUGCAAACUCUUUACUUUUUAAAAGGAAAUAGGAUAAGUAAAUGAGCUUAAUUGAUGUUAAAGUUUUAGAAAAAUAGAUUAUUAAUCACAGUAAAAUGAAUAAGUUCUUAGCAUUAGGGUAUAAUUAGAUCAUUCUAUAUUAGUUAAUUUGUCUUUUAGCAUAAAACUCCUUUUUCCCUCCUUAAAGGACAAUGCCAUAUUAAAAAUAUCCCAGGAAGAAAGAUGACCUGGUCAGAGUUACAAAGAGAAAAAAUGACCAAGAGCUGUGUAUAUUAUGGUAUAGUGGCAAGACUGCUGGGCUUGGAAUUUGGAGACCUGAAUUUGUGUCCCAGUGUUGAUACUUGUUAGAUGUGUGGGUGACCUUGAACUAGUAUCUUCAUUAUCUUCCUGUGUUUUAAUUUCUUCAUCUGUAAAAUAGGCACUAUCUAUUUCAAGAGGCUAUUUUGAGAAAAAAUAUUUUGUACAACUUAAACUGGUAAAGAAUUGUGUAGAAAAGGAUAGAAAGGAAUUUCAUCCUGGCUAUCAUACAGGGGCUUAAAUUGUAGGAAUGAUGAUAAAUGUAAAAGAAGCUCUGUUACUAACCCGCAAUGGGAUUUGGGGCAAAACCUUUUCUCCUCUUGGGGGCCCUAAUUUUAUCUUUUAUAGAGUAAGAAGGUUGGGCUAAAUCAGAGCUUAAAUUUUUUCCACUUGUAACCCCAUUUCUCCUGAGAAUUUUCACUUGAUCCUGACUAUAUAGGUAUAUAUAACACUUUAAUGAUAAUAAAUCAUAAUUUUGUGACAUCCCCCUCUCCCUCCUCCAUUCAGUUAUGAGAUCUCAUAGGUAGUCAUGAACCAUAGUUUAAGAAGCUGGGAACUAGAUGAUAUCAAUAGCCCAUACAAAGCUAAAUGGUGUUCCAUUGUAUACAGAGUGUUUCCAUUUGAGGUAAAUGAGGCCCCAAAGACAUUGUCACUUUCUUCAGAUCACUAAUAUCUUCUUAAGUUUUUAUAUUCUUAUUCUAAGUAGUCCCAUUUUGUAUUAUGCUUUUUUAGGGUGAAUAGUUUAGUGAAGGCAGCAUAUCUGCAUGUAAAACAUUGAAUGCAUAGAUACAUGGAUAAAACUAAAGAUGCCUUGGUAAGGGAAGAGAUAUCCUUUUAGUUUUUUUCAUGUCAGAUACAUGAGAUUCACUUAGCUUCACAAGUACACUUUAUGCAGUGACUGACUGGAAAGCAGGAGCCAAUUAUUGUAUGCAACCUGACUUCAUCCUACUGCCAAGAAGCCAGAAGUGUUGAAUACUUUGGCCCACUCCAUAUUAAACUCUGUCCCUUCCAUGGGAACAGAAAUCCAUAAUUUCUGAUUGAAGACCCAUACUUCUAGAUGUAUUCUCUUGUCCUUAGCCCUUACUGCAGCCUCUUGAUGUGGUAGCCAUUUUUGCUAGUUCUGCUUUUUAUAUGGAUAAAGGCAGAUAGGUGACUUAGUGGACAGACUGCUGAGCUUGGAUUCAGGAAGAUCUGAGUUGAAAUAUGGCCUCAGAUACUUCCUAGCUGUGUGACGUUAGGCAAACCAUUUAACUCCUCUUUGCCUUAAUCCACUGAAAAAGGAAAUGGUGAAUCACUCCUGUAUUUUUGUCAAGAAAACCCAAUCUUGUUGGCAUGCUAUGCUCUACGGGGUCAUGAAGAGCUGGACACGACUGAACAAGAAUAAAGGAUUCAAGAUGCUAGUAAAUGAUAAAGGUGACAAUAUCUAAAAAAUCUCUUCUUAGUCUGCGUAAUCAUUUUCAAUAUUCUUCAGCUAAGAAAUAUUUGAGACUAGGAAAUAGGUACAAUCUCAUAUUAGCAUUGUCAUGAGUUGAAAUGGACUAGAAGAGGAUGUAAAGCAUGUUCCUUCAUCAGGCAAAGGGUUGAAUUAGAUGACCUCUCAGAGAGUUUUUAGCUCUGGACUCUAUGUUUUUAAGCUCAAAGAGAACAGGGACAACAAAAAAAAUGUUAUGUAACCAGCCUAAUUCUCCUCAGUGCCUUUUGCUCUCUGGGAAUCAGUUAAACACAAAAAGAAGCACAGUAAUUUUCAGGUCACUAGGAUAGCAUUGAGUGCAUUAUUGCUAUUGUGAUCUAAUUGAGUCAAAUAAUUCAGUUUCAGGGAAUAUUAGAUACUUGGGGAAAUCAUGCUUACUGUUGUUGUUUCUUCCUUAAAUAUAAAUAUAAUGCAAUUAAGUUCUUUAAAAUAUUGAACUAGACCGUUAAAGAAGUCACAUAUGCCUUGUGUUCAACCCUUUAUGAUUUUCCCCAAAUUAAUUAGAAUUUUUGUAUGGGAAGAGGACAGAAUUUUUUUUCCUCCAAGGGUGGGUUUGAUUUUUAAAAGGACUAAAACCAAAAUUUACUGUAAUGAUAAAUGAAUUCAUGUUUGAGAUCUCCAGUGUCCUAAUUGGUUUUUGUUUACAUUUCUCUUUUAGUCCUAUCACAUUCUACUUUGUAUCAUACUUAUUUGUAAACAUAUAUUUCCUUCUCUCUACAAACUGUAAGCUCUUUAGGGGCAGGGACUGUUAUUUUAUGUCCCUAUUGUUGAUUACAGUGUCUCUUGGUGUUUAAUAAAGAUUUGUGAAUUGGGUUGCAUCAAA